AUUGCGAUUGUGUUGUGUGUUUUGCCUUGACUCUGAGUCACAGCGCGCGCUAUUUGUAUUGUAUAUUUGUAUCUCUGUGAAUCUGCGAGGAGGUUCUUAAAGACCAGUAGAAGGAAAAAAAGGCCAGCGAUAUUGCGAAUAUCGGGAAUUGUGAGUUGACUGUUGCCCUCGUCAUCGAGAUUCAGUCAUUUGUGCGGUGUUUGUCUGGCAAAUACGCCGCAGAUUCUCCAGUCAAUUUCAAAUGAUCGCGAAUUGUGAAGAGACUGAAACACGUGCCCACAGAAAGAACAUCUCGUGACACUUUUUUAUGCCUUCCAACACCUUCGUGUGCGACAAUCUUCUCACCUCUCAUUGUGGCAUCUGAACAAAUAAAAGCGCGCACUAUUAAUUCAAUUCAAUGACGGCGCAUCUGAAGAAUUCACAGGGCUGCGCUUUGCACACUUUGCUGUGAAUUUUCCUGCUAAAUCACCCCAAAAAGACAGCAUCAAAAAUACAGAGCAUCACCUGAAGAUCACCCGAGAGCCGAGCUGAGAAGAUGAAUCAACAGUGCAAAGUGUGCGGAGAACCAGCCGCUGGAUUUCACUUUGGUGCAUUCACCUGUGAGGGUUGCAAGUCCUUCUUCGGGCGCACGUACAACAACCUUUCGUCGAUUUCCGAGUGCAAGAACAACGGCGAGUGCGUGAUCAACAAGAAGAACCGGACGGCGUGCAAAGCGUGUCGGCUGAGGAAGUGUCUGGUGGUCGGGAUGUCCAAGAGCGGCUCUCGCUACGGCCGCCGCUCCAAUUGGUUCAAGAUCCACUGCCUGCUGCAGGAGCAGCAAGCGCAGGUGAACCAGAAGACGGGCGCCGGGCCGCCAAGCAGUGACGCCGGCGCGAAUCUGCUCUCGAACGCCUCCUUCCUCCCGGCGCACUUCCUGUCCAACCUCAGCCUCAAGCACUCGGGCAUGCCGCCGUGGAGCCGCCAGAACCCGCGCCAGCGCGCCUCGGACGCCUCCAGGUGCGCCACGAGCUCGCCCAGCGACUCGGGCGCCUCCUCAGCCGAUCCCGAGGAGGGUAGCUGCCGCUCCAUCGGCAGCGCCAGCGCCGAGUCCAAGACAGAGCACUCCUCCGUCUCCAGUCGGGCGGCCGAGGCCUUCCGGCCCGGCGUGGAGCCUCUGUCGCCUUUCUGCCGCACCGACGCCUUCCUGCGCCUGCCGCCUUUGCAGCUGCCACCGCGCGUGGCCCUGCCGCUGCUGUCUAGCGCCUCAGAGCAGGAGGAGCCCAUCGAUCUCUCCAUGAAGACCUCCCCGUGCCACUCACCAGCCCGGAAGCGCGCCCGGACGGAGUCUCCGUCGCCGGUGACGCUGCUGGAGCAGUCGAAGCCAGUUCCACUGGAUCUCACGUGCACGCGCACGCCCAAUCCGCCGCUGCUCGGAUGAUGGCGGCGCCACGCCGCCCUGGGACGCAGUGCCAGUUCCCCACGAGGAAUCCCAGUCCCGCGCGAGGGACGCAAGACGCCAGUAUGAUUGUGUUAUGUACAAAGAAAUACUCGUAAUGCCAGAAAGCACAAAUCGCCAGCCUAGUCAGCAUCUGUCGGCAUUCGUCCUGGGGAUUUUCACUUCCGCCAAAAUUCUUGCCACAAUUGUUCGGUCAGUAUAUUAUUCCAAAAUACAAUUUUGUGAAUCAAUCAAUUCAUUAGAAUGAAACAUCCGCGUGAGCAUCAAAAAAGCUAAGUUUUCUUGAGAGCUUCUUCAUCAAACUGUGCUUGUGUGCAAUAGAUAUAUGUGGAAAAACUCAAAUGGCCAGUCUUGAGAGUCAGAUUAGAAUCUCAAAUGGCGAAUCCCAAUAAGAAAUGCGGAAGUUGUGGCUAUUUCUGGAUCUCGCGAGAGGCUCGGAGUGCCACUCGCUGUGCCCAUCCCCAGUGGAAGAUCAAAGACAAUGCCUCAAUGGUUGCUGAUUGUGGCGGCGACCUGUGAUCGUCUUAAUUUAUUCACCUACCCCAUCAUGUUGCGUGCGCGUCCAAACAAAUAAUAGACAAUCAGCGAGGAGAGUGUACAAUUGCCGAUGAAAUUAGUUAAUGAUAUUUGUGCCUCUUGACCCUCGAUUGAGUGUUGGGAGGAGAAGCGAGAUGUGCGACGUAUUUAUUUGUUAAUUAUUUUUCCUAUAGCCGCAAAUCACUCUCGAUUGUAGAAAUUUGCUCGAAUAUUGUGAGGAGAUGGACGAAAAAAAAGACUUAUGAAUUGAAUUGUGUAAAUAGCUGAAGAAAAGGCAUUCCUAGACAGUUAAGAUAUUAAUGAUAUUUGUUGAUAACUUUGACAUUUCAUCCUCAAUCUUCUGAAUUUCGCAACACACACACAGCUUGACAACCAGAGAGAAGCGCGAGGUGAAUUACAAGGAAAACCAGAGAAAAAUACAAGACAUUCCACUUGAUACAGUAGAAAAAUAUCCCACAUUUUCCUCUAUACACUUUUCCAAAUCUGUGUAAGAGAAUAAUGUCAGAUUUAUAUUUUGUAAAGAUGAGAGAUGUUAAUAUAUUCCGUUUUUUUUAUCAAUUCAUGAUUCUCUUUUGUUUGUGCGUAUAUUUAUUUUUUGAUGGUCUGUCCUCUUGCAUAAAAAAAAAGAGAACUCAUUAGCGGAUAUUUCUGUGUUAAAUUCGAAAGAAGUCACCUUGGCGCGAUCUCUCGAGAUCUCAUCAAUCCUCUUAUGUCGAUUCGAGAGAUCUUCACAAUCUGGAUCUAUUUGUUAGACAUAGUCAAACAAAAAACGUCAUCAAAUCACCAAAAUGAGAUCUUCAAACACAUCAGCUUUUCACGAGAAAUCUUUCCCAACUCCUUGCAUUUGAACACCCAUGAACUUAUUGCGCUCGAGCUUGAAGAGCCGUUUUUUUUCCAGGCUCAACACCAAAUAUUUCAGCAGAUUUUUAAUAGCCCGCGCAUGUUGAAACUCCUCACACUGAAUGGGAGAGAAGAGCCG